UUGCUUUACAAUUGACUAUUUCAUGAUAAGAUUUACAGUUCAUAACAAACUAAGAGUGUAUUACAAAACGAAAUUGUGUUCUGUUUAUUCAUAAAAUUUCAAAAUCUUAAGAUUUAAUUUCUUUUAUAUAUUUUAUAUUUACAAACAAAAAAUGGACACAUCUAGUGCAGUAUAUAUCAGUUUAGAGGCUGUAAUAGGGCUUAUGUCAUGUGCGGGAAACGGAAUAGUUCUUUUACUGAUAAUAAGAAACCGGAGCCUGAAGACUGUUACAAAUUGUUUCGUUGCCAGUCUAGCAUUAGCAGAUUUCGUCGUUGGUGUUGCAGUUACUCCGAUAGCAGUUCUUAGCUACCUUGGGCUACCUCAUAAUUUCCUUGGAUGCGUUUUCACAAAUUGCUUCAUAAUUGCCUUCUGCACUAUUUCAAUUUUUAAUCUUUUAGCUGUUGCUUUGGAGAGAUAUAUUGCAAUCAUUCACCCGUUUGCGUAUACUAAACAUCUUAAUGUUAAACGUUCCCUAACUGCAAAUAUUGGGCUGUGGUGUGUAGGACUAUUUGUUGGAUUUAUACCCAUGUAUGGAUGGAACCUAAAAGAAUUGUACAACGAAAACUGGAUAUGCGGAUUUGUAACUGUUAUAGAUAUGAAAUUCACGGUGUAUUUUAUUUUCUUUGGGUGCAUUUUGGUUUCUUUAGUUUUCAUUUGUGCGAUUUACUUUCGAAUAUAUUUAAUCGUGCGCAAGCAAAUGAUCCAGAUAGCCGCGUUAGAAAUCGCAUCUACGACGCAACAAGAAUCGUCGGUACCUAAUUCAACACUAAGAAGAGAGAUUAAAGCUGCAAAAUCACUUGCUAUCAUUGUGUUUCUAUUCGCUUCAAUGUGGAUUCCAAUAAAUGUUAUUAAUUCUAUUACUGUAAUGUGCGUCAGUUGCUCAUAUCCCCUAGAACUUUUGCUAGUAACGAUUCUUCUGAGUCACGCAAAUUCAGCUGUAAAUCCUUUCUUAUAUGCUUAUGGGAAUAGUAAUUUUAGAAAAGCUUUUAGAAAAAUGAUUUGCAAGACCACAGACAUUGACACCUGA